AGUGGACACGGCAUCUUUCUCUAUCACACACACGCAACACACACACACAGUGCUAAAAACUACCAUUCUGCCAUAUAAAGACGAAGGCAGAAAGAUCUUUCUAAUCUUUCAUUGAUGUUCUUCAAGAAUCUAUGCUCACCAUGUGUUUGUUUCAUGGCCCCACUGAAAAACCCAAGAACAAAAAUGCCCCCUUCAUCACCUAUCUCAAUAAAUAAUUGCAAAAGGCAUUGAAGUGAACACUACUCAAUAAUUGUUUAUUGACGUUUAGAUUUGCAGCAAGCUUCUGUGAUUAUAAUAAUACUACGAUUUUAUAUUUAUUUUAUAUUUUUUGAUUUUGUAUAUACGUGUAAUUGUGGGUGUAUAUAUGCUUACCGGCGAUGCCAACGCCGGUCAGCUCAGCCAGGCAAUGUUUAACUGACGAGGCCGCGCGUGCGUUGGAUGAUGCUGUAGCCGUCGCCCGCCGGCGGUGUCACUCCCAGACCACCUCUCUUCAUGCCGUCUCCGCUCUUUUGUCCCUGCCGACAUCCACCUUACGUGACGCGUGUGCUCGGGCGCGUAGCUCCGCUUACUCCCCUCGUCUCCAGUUUCGUGCGCUUGAGCUCUGUGUCACCGUUUCCCUCGAUCGUCUUCCUUCUUCUAAAAGCAAAACAUCAGAUGACGAACCACCGGUUUCCAAUUCACUCAUGGCAGCAAUCAAACGUUCUCAGGCGAAUCAACGGAGGCAUCCGGAGACGUUUCAUUUGUAUCAGAUGCAUCAACAGUUGCACAACUCUCAAUCCUCGUUGUCGUGUGUUAAAGUCGAGCUCAAACACUUCAUCUUGUCCAUUCUCGAUGACCCAAUUGUUAGUCGGGUUUUCGGCGAUGCGGGUUUCCGAAGCACCGAUAUCAAAAUCGCAAUCUUACAUCCACCAACAGUUUCUGGGUUCCAGAAAUCCAUGAUGAGGUUUCCGCCUCUGUUCCUCUGUAACCUACCCGAUUCGAAUACCAAUCGGGCCGGGUUUAAUUUCCCAUUCGCUGUUGAUCAAGGAGAAGAAGAUUUCAAAAGAAUCGGGCAAGUUUUGGCCAAGAAAACCUCAAGAAAUCCACUCCUAAUCGGGGUUUCCGCUGACCAUGUCCUCGCUGGAUUCACAGAUUCUUUAAAGAUGGGUAAAACAGAUUUCUUGCCUACCGAAUUACAAGGAUUAAAUGUAAUCAACAUCGAGAAGGAGAUCCGUGAGUUUCUUGUUGGGAAUUUGAGUGAAGAUAUGAUGAAUUUGAAGUUGAAGGAGGUAAGAGACAACAUCGACACCUGCACAAACUCCGGUGUGAUUCUCAAUCUCGGAGAAUUGAAGCUGUUUCUUGAUGGGAAAUCAUCUGGCGUUCUCGACUAUCUUGUUUCACAAUUGAGCAAUUUGGUUAGUGGGAAAUCAUGGUUGAUUGGAUCCAUUGGAAGUUAUGAAACUUACAUGAAACUUUCAGCCAAAUUCCCAUCCUUGGAGAAAGAAUGGGACUUGAAUCUGCUUCCAAUCACGUCUUCUAAAUCGAGUCCUGGUGCAUCACAGCCCUUGAAAUCCAACUUGAUGGGGUCAUUUGUGCCAUUUGGUGGCUUCUUCCCUAUACAAACCGAGUUGGAAAAUUCAUCAAGAAACUCAGAUCCAUCUGUAACUCGUUGUGACCUUUGCAACAAGAAGUAUGAACAUGAAGUUUCCAUUGUUCUUAAAGGAGGAACGACAGUGUCUGUUGCUGAUCAACAGUCCGUGGGUGUAGCUUCUUGGUUGCAAAAUCCCGAAUCUGAUCUAACCAAAGGAAACACUGGAAUACAGGCUAUAGACCAUGGCAGUGUAUUCAAUGCGAGGGUGACAGGGCUGCAAAGGAAAUGGAACGACAUAUGUCGCCGUCUCCAUGGCAAUCCCUCAUCGCCACCGAUCAGGGUCCGUUCCCAAACGGGAACGGACCUUGAUUGGAGAUUUCAGCCUGACUCCAAACGGGCUGAAAUCAACCACCACGAUUCAAACCAACAAAUCCCAUGUAAAAAUCUAUCACCACCAGUCGACUUUUUUACAACUACACCAUCAUCCUCACCACCAACUUCCAUAACAACAGAUUUGGGCCUAGGAACAAUCUAUGUCGAGGCCCAUGAAAUACCAAAAUCUUAUGAAAAAGAUUUUAAGCAAAUAUACAAAGCUCUUGUUGAUAAAGUCGGGUAUCAAGAUGAUUCGAUUCGUGCCAUUAGCCAAACGAUUACGCGGUGUAGAAUCGGGGACAAAAGGCGCAAUAUUUGGUUUAUGUUUUGUGGGCCCGAUAGAGUCGGGAAAAAGAAAAUCAGUCAAGCAAUUGGUGAAGUUGUGUUUGGAAACAGGGAUAGCCUGAUUUCUAUAGAUUUGAAUUUUGAAAACCAAAUACAUCACAGGAGCUCGGUUUUUGACAGGAAAACUGUAAAUUUUUCUGAUUUGUCAUUCAGAGGAAAGACCAUUACGGAUUUCAUCGGUGAAGAGUUGACCAAGAAACCUCGGUCAAUUGUUCUUCUUGAACACAUAGACAAGGCUGAUUUUGUCACUAAAGAGAACUUAUCUCAGGCCAUCAAGACAGGGAAAUUGUCCGAUUCCCGUGGUCGGGAAAUCCGCCUCACUGAUGCCAUCUUUGUAACCACCUUGAGUAGUAGUGAAGAAGGGGACGGAAACGGAAACGGAAAUGGAAACGGAAUCAGCUAUUCCGAGGAAAGAAUCAUGAAUGCCAAACCCUUUCAAAUGAGAAUCUUGAUUGAAAGUUUCACGGAUCCCGGAACCUCGAGUGUACUCCUUUCACCUGUACGGUUAAAUUCUCGAAAUCCCGUUACUUGUAACAAAAGAAAAGUUAUUGAAAUCGGGGAUUUUGAGAUAAUGGUACCGGGAAUCAAGAAAUUGAAAUCAGGUUUUGAUUUGAAUCUUCCGGUUGAUGAAUCGGAAGAGAGUGAGGAUGAAACGGAAUCGGGAUCUCAAAAAGUGUGGUUGGAUGAGUUUUUAGAGAGAAUUGAUGAAAAAGUGGUGAUGAAACCUUUCGAUUUCGACUCACUUGCAGAAACGAUUUUGAAAGAAAUCAGUGUUUGCUUUCAGAAAUCAGUUGGAUCAAAUGUGUUGUUGGAGAUCGAGAAUGAAGUAAUGUUACAGAUUCUUGCAUCCUGUUGGUUAUCUGAAAGAAAAGAGAAUAUAAAGAACUGGAUUGAUAGUGUUCUGUAUAGAGGGUUUAUGGAAGCGAAGCAGAAGCAGAAACAUGGUGUCGAUGGUGAAUCCAUGGUGAAACUUAUGGUUGAAAGGGUUAUGGUUGAAGAAGAUGACCUGUCGUGUCUUUGUCUUCCUUCAAGGAUCAUGGUGAAAUGAUAAUUUAGGUAUGUUUUUUUUUUUUUAUUGUAAUUAUUAUGUAUAAUGCUAGUUUUAGCAUCGAAAACAGGCUAGUUUUUGGCUUGAUUUUAUAUCCCCACAAUUUUACGGAAUCGUUCAUGUUGUUCUGUGUUUUGUGCUACAAUUGCUUGCGGUGAUAUAUAAUAUUGUAUAGUGAUAUGUGUUCA